UCAGUCUCUCUGUAGAGAAGAAUGUGAUUUUCAUUUAGCCAGAUCUAUUCAUACAUGUCAGAAUGUCUUAGCUCUCUCUUCAGCAUUCAUAAUGUGCUCCGUGGACUGACGCACGACCAUGUGGGCAGAUAGUUUAUAAAGCUGCCAGAAAACCACCAGCACUCAUCAGUCUGUGUCAGUCCCCUCCAAAACUCCUAUGUCCCUGGAGGAUCCGUUCAGUUUAACGCUGGAGGACAGCAGAGCUUUGAUCCUCAAUGUCUCCAAGGUGCUCUGGGACUCCGGCGCGGAGCAGCACCACCAGUACGCAAUCUGGCUCCCGGGCAUCGGGAUCGCUGCCGUAUACGGCAUCAUCAUCGUCGUGGGUCUGGUCGGGAAUGUCACUCUGAUGAGGACGUGCCUGCUGGUGAAGUCCAUGCGCACGGUGCCCAACCUGUUCCUGUCCAGCCUGGCUCUGGGGGACCUGCUGCUGUUGGUGACCUGCGCCCCAGUGGACGCCAGCCGGUACCUGGUGGACAAGUGGCUGUUCGGUCGCGUCGGCUGCAAGCUGAUCCCCUUUAUCCAGCUCACCUCCGUGGGGGUCUCCGUGUUUACGCUGACUGCGCUGUCUGCUGACCGGUACAAAGCUAUCGUCAAACCACUGGACAUCAACAGAUCAAAGGCCACGCUCAGCAUCAUUCUGCGUGCCGGGACGAUCUGGCUGCUCUCCAUCACUCUGGCCAUUCCUGAGGCCAUCUUCUCCGACAUGCACACCUUCACCACCAGCUACACCAACGAGACGUUUGUGACGUGCGCCCCCUACCCCCACGCUGGAGAGCUGCAUCCGAAGAUCCACUCCACCGCCUCCUUCCUCAUCUUCUACAUCAUCCCGCUGCUGAUCAUUUCUGUUUACUACUGCUUCAUCGCUCGCAGCCUGAUCAGAAGCUCAGAAGACAUCUCCGCAGAGGGACACCUGCAUCUUCAGAAGCAGAUUAAGUCCAGGAAGCGUCUGGCCAAAACCGUGCUGGUGUUUGUUGGCUUGUUUGCACUCUGCUGGCUCCCCAGUCACAUCAUCUACCUUUACCGCUCCUACCAUUAUGACCAGGUGGACACGUCCCUGGCUCACUUCAUUGCCAGCGUGUGCGCGCGCAUCCUGGCCUUCGCCAACUCCUGCGUGAACCCGUUUGCUCUGUACCUGAUGAGCAAGAGCUUCAGCAAGCACUUCAGAAACCAGCUGCUGUGCUCCAGCUCUUCCAGACGGCUGUACAACCAUAACAGUGCGAACACAAACAUGACCUCCGUCUGAAGGAAUCCUGUUUCAUCCAAACACAACAUGUUCUUUGCAAGGACUCUACCUUUGAUUCCGUUGGACAGACAGGGGCUUGUAGGUGUAUUCAUAACCCUUGAACUUUUCCACAUAUUGUCCCACUACAACCACUAACCACAUAUAUUUUUGUAGAAUUUUAUGUGAAAGACCAACACAAACUGGUAUACAAUUACUUUGUGGAACCACCUUUUGCUGCAAUUACAGCUGCAAGUCUUUUGG